AGCCGACUCACACAUACUCACUCCGCUCCCGCGGUCCCCUUCCUCUUACCGAUGGGCCCCUUUCCCCACACACUCCUCUAAGGACUACCUCCAUUCCCCUUCCGGCCAUGGAAGGGAGUUCAUCCGAGGAGAUCGCCGCGGCGCAGUCCACACCCCAGGUCAGCGCGCCGUCAACGGCUCAUGAUCAGGCCCAUGUGGACACCAUGGACCUUCAUGCCGUCCUUAUAGCAAUCCAGGCACAACUUAGUACGCUUGGACCGUUGCAAGCGCAAAUCAAUGCGCUAGCUCUYGACGUCAACCGCCUCAAGGGCUCCCCUCAUCGCUCUCCCCACCGCUCUCACACCCCUUCCCCUACCGUCUCCGAUUCCGGCUCCCCAGGACUCCGGAGACGGAGUCACCAUGGUUACCCCUCCUCUGCGGGCCAGGCCCAGCACUCCCCUUCAGCGGUGGCGAGUGCUGCUGCCGCUCAGACCACCCCGUCCAUUGCGGCAGUUCUUCCGGACACGACAGACACAGUUCUUUCUGCCCCGUCGUCUGUCGAGGUACCGUCUGCCUCCCAGCAGACCGCUACAUCUAGCGCUUCUCCCCUGAGACUUCCGACACGUCGCGCCAUUCGCACAGCCCGUUGUAGCGCUCAGCUGGCGACUCGCGAUGAUGUUGUGUCAUCUCUCCUGGACUUGAGCAUUCUGCAGGCUCGUCAGGAGCGACUCACGAGGCACAUCAACGUCCUGCGUCGUCUUCUCGCUCUGCUCUCUGACCCUGAUCGCACCCUACCCAUCAUCCCUAUUCGCCUAGGGACAUCUACGAGGUUGUACCGCGCUUUAUGGGACUCUGGCUCGCAGGGAGAUUUCGUUUACCCUCGAGUGGUUGAGGAAGCUCGCCUAGCUACCUCUGGGUUUCGCUCUCCUAUCUCCGUUACCCUCGGAGAGAACAAGACGCAACACUUCUUCGAUCAGACGGUCCGUGACCUCCACUUCUCCCUCACCCUCCAGCCAUCUGAUAGUACCCAGACGCCUAGGCCCUACAAUUCCUUCGCAUACUUCUUCGAAGUGCUGGAGACCGGGUACGACUUUAUCCUUGGCACUCCCUGGUCUCGCUGGUUCCGUAGCACAGAGGCCGAAUGGGCGACCGAGACACUCGUUCUCAAAACGAAGUGUGGUCAGACUCAUCGCAUCCCGUUCAUUGGAACCACGGGCGACACCCCGCUCGACCUACCUCCCCAGGACCCUCGUCCCUCAGGGUCCCACCCCGACAUCGCGUUCACUUCCCCUCGUCAGUUUGCUCACUUCAUACGACAGGAGGACGUCACGUUCUACUCAGUGAACGUCAUGGAUCUUCUUCGCUAUGAUCCACUUUGUCCCGAGGUUGAGCUCAUCUCUCUAGAGCCCGAUCCCCCUGACCCUUCCUCCAUCUUCGUGACUCCCAUCUUUACGUCCACCCGUCAGCCUGCGGAUACCCCCUCCACGUCCCAGGCCUCUGCGCCGUCGACUGUCGAGUCCAGACAUACGUCUCGUGCCGAUGCAGACACUGAGGAACUCACACGGUUCACGGCAGACUUAGAGCCGGCCGUUCGCGACCUGAUUCGAGAGUACCGCGACGUCUUUCCCCCGUAUUUCUCAUACAACAGGAUUCCCCCGAUGCGCGGUGUUGAGCAUUCUAUCCAGCUCGUGCCUGACUAUCGUGUUCACCAUCAGGCACCGUACCGACUCUCGAUCCCAGAGGCGACGAAACUCAAGUGUCAGCUUGAGGAACUCCUUCGAUUGGGUUUCAUUAAACCCAGCAACCGCUUCUUCACAAAGAUCGAUCUUCGUAGCGGUUACCACCAGAUCCACGUUGCCACAGAGGAUCAGCCGAAGACCGCCUUUCGGUCAUGCUUCGGCCACUACGAGUUCACAGUGAUGUCAUUCGGCCUCACCAAUGCCCCCGCCACCUUCCAGACGGCGAUGAACGACAUCUUCAGGGACAUCCUUGAAGAAUACGUUCUCGUAUACCUGGACGACAUCUUGGUCUACAGUCGUACCUUAGAAGACCAUCUCAGACACCUCCGCGAUGUCCUACAACGCUUACGCAAGCAUGGCUUCUAUGCCAAGCUCAGUAAGUGCCGCUUUGCCCAGCGCAGAGUGGACUUCCUAGGACACCAUGUGUCUGACCAGAGUCUCCACAUGGACGACGCAAAGAUCACUGCUAUUGCAGAGUGGCCCGUCCCCACAUCUGCCAAGCAGCUUCGCAGUUUCCUAGGCCUCACCAGCUACUAUAGUAAUUUUAUCCAGGGAGACGCUAGGUAUUCCUACGUCCUUACCUCUACCCUCCUCCGGAAGAACCCGCCGUGGUUUUGGACACCUCUGUGCGAGGACGCCUUUCGCGCCCUCAAGAAGAUGGUGACCUGUGCGCCGGUUCUUCGCCUUCCCGAUUUUGAUCGUCCCUUUAUCGUCACCACCGAUGCGUCAGACUUUGCAGUAGGAGUUGUCCUUUCUCAGGUGUUUCCCUCUCCUCCAGAUUCACCUAGCCCCCAUGCUCCUCCUUUCCCCCCCCUUCCUGCUGACACUGCUUCUCGACUGACGCCUACCCUGCCACCACUUCCCUCCACUGACAGUCUUCCUGUUACUUACUCCCCGACCAUCGUGGAGGAUGGGACUGUCAAGGCUCGUGCUGGGGAUUGCCCGAUCGCUUUCUACUCCCGUCAGCUACUGCCUGCCGAGAUAAACUACACUGCCGAUGAACGUGAGGUUAUCGCAGUAGUUUAUGCUACCCGACAUUGGCGUCAUUAUCUGCAAGGGGCGCCCUUCACGGUGCGCACGGACAACUCAGUUGUCCAGGCUUUCCUCACGAAGCCUAAGCUUUCCCCUCGACAGGCACGCUGGUGGCGUGACUUAUCCGAGUUCAGUUUCACCACUCAGCCCAUCAUGGGUGAAACGAACCGCGUCGUCGAUGCCUUGUCCCGUCGUCCUGAUCACAAUCAGGAACCCAUCCAUCUAGCUGUCAUCUUCAUCGCCACUGUUGAUCAGUCGGUGAUCGACGCACACUCGUGCCCUGCGCUUGACGACUGGAUCGCCCACAUGGCGGCGAUUAUGAAGCGCGCACACGAGAGUUUAGCCGACUCCCAGACUCGCAUGGCCGCACGAGCGAACCGAUCACGAAUGGAUCAUCCAUUCAAAGUCGGUGACGAUGUGCUCGUCGACGCAUGCCACUUACAACUCGAAGCAGAUACGCUUCCCAAGUUCAGGCGUCGUUUCUUCGGUCCAUGCCGCAUCCUUCAGGCCGUCGGUUUUGGUACUGCCGCUAGUCCGGUCAGCUUCCGUGUGAAGCUACCUGAUUACCUUCGACAAGCUCGCGUACACGAUGUUUACCACAUCUCCUUGCUGCGUCCUUAUCGCAGAUCACCCGAGCAUUUCGUCGGACACCCUUAUGAGCGCCCUCCACUUAUCAUGGUGGACGGUCACGAGGAGUUCGUUGUUUCCGACAUCGUAUCACGCCGAGUUACCGACGAUACCCCUCCACGCAUCGAGUACCUUGUGCGUUGGAAGGGCUACCCUGAUGAGGAGGCUACUUGGGAGCCCCUCAAGCACUUGCAGCACACCAGGAUGUUGGUGCGUGCAUAUGAUCGUGCUCGUCGUGCUGAGACAUCUGCUUCUACUCAGCCGACUGACCCUCUUCCUCCUCCUCCGGCUGAGGAGAUUGCUGAGGACGAGCCCGCUCCCUCUGAGGCCGUUCCUCAGCCGCAGACGGUCGCCUCCGAGCGUCCAUAGCGCACUCAUCGUCGCCCUUCGCGUUACGGUGACUGACACUCUUAUCCUCUAUCUUUCCCCAUUGACUCACGCCAUUAGGUACUCCAUCAUUAGCUCUUCUUCAAUAUGUCAGCGUUUUGCGGCUCUGCUUCGACAUCG